AUGUGUCGACCCAUUGAGUCCUGCAAUGCACUGGGCGUCACGGGCGCCGCUGCCGUCGCGAUGCUCGCGGAGUACCAACUCGCCGCAGUCAAUAACAUGGCCUCGGGAAAACCGACCGCGACAUUUGUCGACCGCACGGCCGCGUGGCCUUCAGCUAGAGACACGGGCAUCACCGGUGCAAACGGCAUGGCCAUAUUGAGCACGGCAGCACCGCCGCUAGCGUUCCCGUUCGUGUCGUUUCCAAAGCACAGUGGCCUGCCAACGAUGCCGUGGGGCGCUACUGUCCCUGCAGAAGUUGACUUGCUGCACGUGGAUGUACCGACGAGCCACUUUGAGACCACAUCGGUCCCGUCAGAAGUCCCAGUGACUUCUACGAUGCACACCCAGCCGAGCAGCUACAAAGCUCAAGAGUUGAAGGAGCUGCUCGAGUUCCCCAUGCCGAGUGACCUGGCGGACGGUCGUCACGACAAGCUCGACGUUGAUCCCCUAGACGGCGGCUUUACCGGCACCGAAAUGUCGAUUCUCUACAGCGUCUUGGCGGACGCGCCUGAAGACGAGUCGGAGCGAGCUGCUACCGUGCACCGCGGCAUUCCAGACCUCACGACGGUGCUGAUGCGAUCGUCGGUCGAAGGGCUUCGAGAGCCGUCGCUCGAGAGCGACGUGACCGACUCGGAGGUCCAAAGGUCCCCGUGCGGCUCAGAGCCCCAACGGCGAGCUUCUGAAGACAUCAAGAGCCCCGAAGGAGUCAAGAGUCGUCGCCUGUGCAAGCGCGAGGGUUGCUACAAGCGCUCUCGUUCAAACCGCUUGUGCAUUUCGCACGGCGGUGGUCGUCGGUGCAUCGUGGAGGGGUGCGACAAGUGCUCUCAAGGGGGAAACCUCUGCAUCCGUCAUGGCGGGGGCAAGCGGUGCAGCCACGACAACUGCGACAAAGCUGCUCAGUCCAACUUCUUGUGCAAAGCGCACGGUGGGGGCCCCCGUUGCCGCUUUACAGGCUGCACGCGCAGCUCACAGGGUGGCGGCUUUUGCCGCUCCCAUGGCGGCGGGAAGCGCUGUGUGCUCGAAGGCUGCAAGAAGGGCACACAACGUGGGGACUAUUGCUCCCUGCAUGGCGGAUCGCGCGUGUGCGAGGUACCCGGCUGUCGGCGGAACGACCGCGGAGGAGGUCUGUGCGCUACGCACGGCGGGGGCAAACGCUGCACAGUUGCGGGUUGCAGCAAGCCGUGUCGACGCAACGGUAUGUGCUCGGCACAUUUGCGCCGGGCAGGAGACGCGAAGGAGUAG